UCUAGUAUCAGCAAGAGCACGGGAUACACCCCAUUUGAAUUGAACUAUGGAACUAUGCCGCGUAUUGCCACCACAUUGGACCCUGAUCCUGUCAUGCCAGGCGUUCGACAAUUCGCCGAACGCGCACUGUUGAACUUAGCGCAUGCGCACGAUGCGAUCAUUGAGAGUCGUGUUAUUCAAUCUCAUUACGCCAAUCAACGACAUCGACCUGAUGAGGCAAUUACCCCAGGCGAUCUAGUGUACUUGUCCACGGAGAAU